AAUAUUACAAAAGGGAUUAAACUCCGAUCUUCUAUGUAUUAGCCAUUGUCCUCUGCAGUUGAAUUUUCAGCAUUUCUGCAUUCGAACUCUGAUUUCUCUCUUUGCGUUUUCCGUUUUGGCGUGAGAAGAAAGAUAUUUCAGCAAUCCAUUCUGAGAUCAGUGAUGCUCAUUAGAUUUCUUUCCAUUGUUCUUCAUCGUUGAAAUCAGAUCAGUUCUUACAGCUGAUAAAUCCGAGAAUGAAUUCCAAGCCAUCUGGUUUGUCGUUCAAGCUCGUUCUUCUCGGCGACGGUAGAGUUGGAAAAACUUCACUUGUGGUGCGGUACGUGAAUAAUUCAUUCUCUGAGAAACAAGAAGCAACUGUGCAAGCUUCCUACCUGACCAAACGCCUUGUUAUAGAAGGUGUGCCUAUUACCCUAGCUAUCUGGGAUACAGCAGGACAAGAACGGUUUCAUGCUCUGGGUCCAAUAUACUAUCGUGAUGCAGAUGCAGCACUUUUGGUGUAUGACAUCAUGGACGAUGAUACCUUCAUUCGGGUGAAAAAUUGGGUGAAAGAACUUCAACAAAUGGCUCCCAAAAACAUUACUAUGGCUAUUUCUGCCAACAAAAGUGAUUUGGUUAGAUCAAAGAAAUUUGAUAUUCAAGAGGCUGAAAGCUAUGCAGCAUCAAUAGGAGCCAAACUUUUUGUUACAUCCGCCAAAUUGGGUUCGGGCAUUGAUGAAGUUUUCCUUGAUAUUGCAACUCGAGUGCUCCAGAAAAAGAGAAGCAGCGUCGAAGGCUUCUCAUCAAUUCCGCAGAGGAAAGGGAUGGUAAUUGUAGAUGACGAGCCUGAGAAAGAACCACAGAAAUGCUGUUCAUAGUUCUGUCUACAGAGGCUACUUCUGAUUGGAAGGUCUUAAAGGUUGCUUCUAGAUAGAGAAAUACAAGCUAUUUUUUCCUGCAUUUCAAAGUCCAUUACUCUUUCAGAACCAUUUGAUGUAGAAGGUAUAAGAGGAUGUAUCUUUGACCAAGAUAGCUUGCCAGAGCAGUUGGCCCAUUCGAAUCAACAGCUUUCUUGCCAUAUUGUAAUUUUAUGUGUAAAAUAUGAUUGUGAAGGCAGCUGCAGGUCAAAGAUCCAUGGUUCACUUGUAAUGAUACAAAACAGGUUUGCAGUGCACAUUCUGCACGUGUAUCCCGGUAUACCAGAGAAAUUGACCUUAUUUCAUGUUUGUAAUAAUCAGCUAUUGUCCCUUUUUGUGACUGCCAGAUUAUAUAUUGUUUAUUUGAUUAAAAAACAAAUAAAAAAAUACCAUACAUAGUGAAUCAUAAAGUAUGUGAUCUCAUCUAAGAAUGAACUUUUGGUUUUC